CUGAUAUUUUUCGCAGCUGACAACAACGUUUUUUUUGUUGGCCACCACCAAAUUCCAAAUUAUGUAUUUCAACUUGAACUCAGCUGCAACCUAACAAUUUUUCAUCAUUUUGAAUAGCAAUAUGAAAACAUAACAGAAAUUAGAGAUGAGAAAUUUACGUUACGCACUAUCGAUUGUUCAUCGACUCGACAUCGAUUUGACAUUUGGAAUGAAAUCACUGCCUUGGUGCCUUUGGUGAUCGUGAUCAUGUGGGAGUCUGUCGUACUGAAAGGUGAUGGGAUGAAAAUCAGCAAACGCGAUAAAUAUCAAGUAUUCUGUUUGAAUGAGAAAACUACCCUACAUUGCAUUUUCAUUGCAUUUUACAGUUCGAUAAUUUGAAGCGUAUGACGUCAUGGAUCUGUGAAAGCGAUUGGUAACUAACCUCCAUGUUUUUUUCUUACGCAAGGUGUAUCGUCAAUAUUCUUUAUUUUACUUUGACGAUACUCCUUGCGUUGCUAUCGUUGGUAUGGUUGCUAAUCUGCUGUUUGUUGAAUCAACAAACCUCAAUUUUAGGCAUAAGCCUAUGCUGUUUAAUUCCGAAUUUCAGGUAUCAUAUCCUUGAUAUUUUCAUUUUUAUUUACUUUAAUAUGUCAUUGAAAUAAGCUUCUGCAAUCUGUUUUGCUUUUUAGAAAGGUAUUAUGAAGUUUACAUGAGCACAUCAUCAUGUGGAUUAUCAUUUUUUUCCAUGAUUGAGAAUGCGGAGUUGUGUUUUGUUAUGCCUCUGCAAUGUCAUCAGUUAGAGUCAUCUAUUUUUUCAUAUUCUUAAUGUGAAACUAGUUCUUCAUUCAUUUCUAGUUCAUAUGUUGCUAUAUUCUUAUUGAAGUUCAAUUCUCGGCUGAAUUGCACAUUGCCAUAUGCAUAUGUAUGUCUCGAGUUGUUUAAUUUUGUUAAGCGGUAAUGUCUAGAAGAAAGAGAAAUCGAGAGGAAGGUAGAUCAGCUGCAUCCAAGCGUUCUAAGAAUGAUAGGAAACGUGCAAAGAGGAAGGCAUUGAACAAGGACGAGUUAGAGGCAGCUAGAGCUGUUGAUCGGGAAAGGAAAAGGAUUAAGAAAUCACAUGAUGUUGCUUCUCAUAGUACUGAUGAUGUUGAUCAUAGAUUAUCCAAUCGUCAGUAUGUUCUGAAGAAUAAGAAGAAAUUCGAUCAAGAUAUGGUUGAUCUUGAUGUUAAAGAACCUCUCCUUCUAUUUGAAGCCAAAUUAAAUCUUCUCAAAAUAGAUGUUUGUGAUAAUUGUAAGACUUAUUAUUGGUCUAAAGAAAGAUGUUAUUGUUAUCAUCAAAAAUUUGUGUUAGAGAGUAAUUUGUUGAAAAUUGGUGUAGUUCCUAAUGAAUUAGCUGAUUUAAGUUUUGUUGAACAAUUGGUUAUUGCUCGAGUUCAUCCUGUUGUAUCAAUUUAUCGUCUGAAAAGUGGUCAAAGAGCUUACUCUGGUCAUGUUAUCAAUUUUCGGCAAGAUGUAUUUGAGUUUGCUAAGGUUUUGCCUCAUUCCCUUACUACUGUGAAGGGUUUAGUUCCUGUUUGCUGUUCUACUGAUACUUUUCAUCAGGAUUUUCUUAUAAGGAGAAAUUCUGUAUCAAUAGCUUUGCAUUGGUUGAAGACCAAUAAUAAGUAUUAUCAUGAUAUUGAAAUUGAUAUGUCAAGGAUAUUAAGUUUACCUGAAGAAUCUUAUGUUUCUAGUACAAAGACCGGUAUUGAUGUAGAUUCUGUUGGCGCAGAAGUAGAUUCUGAUGAUACUGACAUUACUCGUUCCGGUUUCCCUGAUGGAGAUUGUUUUAGUACAUUGGAGAAGUUGGAGCAUCAGCUGCAGUGGCCUACUGUAGAAUCCAAACCUAUCAAUGAAUUUACCACUGUAGGCUAUAUUUGUCAAUCAUUUCCUUGUUUAUUUCCUUAUGGUGAAGGUGAUUAUGUUGAAAAUAAGACUAAAUCUUUGACUGCUAGAGUUUAUUUUCGAUAUUUGUUAAGUUAUCACGAUAAGAGGUUUGUGAGACAUCCAGUAUUUCCAUAUUUUGCUUUGAAUAGUCUUAUGCGAUGGGAUGCAUUGAACAAAGGUACUGUUUAUCUUAAGAAACAUUCUAAUUUGAAGAAUAUGAAUGUGGAGUUAUUUAAGGAAAUGAUUUGUGAUAGUGCCAAAAUUCCGAAAAAUAUCAUGGUUUAUUCCAGUAAUAUUCGUGGAAGUAGAGCAUAUUGGUCCACCCGAUCUAUGGAAUUGCAGGCUAUGGUUUCACAAUUGAAUGUUCCUAGUUUAUUUUUUACCUUGACUGCUGCUGACAGACAUUGGCCUUUUCUAUUUGAAAUUAUUUUGGCAGAUAAAGAAGCUGUGUCAACAUUGACUGAAGGUGAUCGUUCUAGGAUUUUGAUUGAAGAUGCUGGAUUAUGUAGUGAUUUUUUUUUUAUUCUUCUGAAAUUUUUAUUUCAGAAUUUCUUGUUCCUUUCUUGUCAGCUUAUGAUUAUUGGUACAGAUAUGAAUGGCAAACUCGAGGUGUAGG